CCCUUCACUCUUCGUGAAUUAAAGGAAGCCAUCCCAAAACAUUGCUUCCAAAGACCUGUCAUGACCAGUAUGCUCCAUCUCAUUUCAGAUUUGGUUCAAUUAAUUGCCUAUACUGUUGCCUAUUAUUACUUUUCCAAUUUGUUAGAAUCUCCAAUUUAUUACUUGUUGCAGGGUGUCUUGUUUUGUGGUUAUGUUUUUAUUGAAGGUUUUACAUUUACUGGAUUGUGGGUUCUUCAGCAUGAAUGUGGACAUUAUGCUUUUGCUGAUAGUCCUCUUGUUUGUGAUAUUGUCGGUUACAUUGUCGGAAGUGCCUUGUUGGUUCCAUAUUUUGCUUGGCAAAAAUCACAUGCUAUUCACCAUGCAAAUACCAAUCACAUGACAAGAGAUCAAACCUGGGUUCCUCAAAAUGUCCAACCAAUUCCUUCUAAUAAUCCAGCUCAAAAAUCUCAAGUUGACAAACAAGUUGAAAUGAAACCAAAAUCUGAAUCAUCUCUUUCUGCCAUUACUGAUAUGAUUGUUAUGGCAACUAUUGGUUGGCCACUUCACUUGGUGCUCAAUGUUUCUGGUCCAUAUCCAAUCAAAUUCACCUCUCACUUUUUACCAUCCUCUCCAAUCUUUAAUAGUAGAGAAACCUUAAAGAUUUACUUGUCUAAUUUUGGAGUAAUUGCCAUGUUAUUCAUUCUCUAUCAAUUAUUCCAAAUUUAUGGAUGGCAAGUGAUGGUCACUGUCUAUGUCUUACCACUCAGUAUUAAUUUCUUCCUAUUGACCUCAAUUACCUUUUUACAACACGUCCACGAUGACGUUCCUCAUUUGGAUGAAGGUGAGUGGAAUUGGUUGAAGGGAGCUUUGUGUACCAUUGAUCGUUCGAUGGGUUCAUUCUUGGAUUCCAAAUUGCAUCACAUUACUGAUACACAUGUGUGUCAUCAUGUCUUUUCAAAGAUUCCAUUCUAUCAUGCUGAGGAAGCAACGAAAGCAAUUAAGGGAAAACUUGGAAAUUAUUAUAGAGAUGAGACUGAUAAGAGUUUCUUUGGUGCUUUAUUCGAAAAUUUGAAGAAUUGUGUUGCCUUGAAGAGAAAUGAAAAGUUUAGAGGAAUUUUGUGGUGGGAUCAUUAAACUUGAAUAAAUAGCAGAUUCAUUUACAA